GUAGGGCGCAGCAGUCAUGAAACGCAAAGUCGUGAGUAAACUUAUCGCUCCACCUCUUCAUCCAAUUCCAGCCUCACAUCACUCCUACUGACUCGAUCGGCCUUCAUCUUCGCUCGUCUCCAAACGCUCGCUCUCUUCCUCGCUUCCACACCCACUAAUUUGCGAUCCUCACCUUCGCUCGUCUUCUCGGCCACGCAAGUCCCUCGUCCAAUCCACCACACUAUCAAAAGGCGUUCUCAUCCAGAGCCACCGAGACAACUUGUUGCCAAGCUUCUCCAACACGUGACGGUGCUCGUCCGACACUGAGUAAAGCUUAUCGCAGCUCGCCAAGAGCUCAUCGUUGCGUACAGACGCAUUUCGGCUGCACUGCAACGCUAUCACCAUGUCGGCAUCGCUUCCUCUUCUCUCCCCCCUCGUAACGCGCAUCAUUGAGCUGUCAGGCUUCCCACCUCAGCUCAAGACCAGAGACAUUCAGGCCAUCUUUGCCCAGUGGGAGGAUGAUCGCGGCGGCUUCAAGAUCAAGUGGGUAGAUGACACCACUGCUCUCGUAAUCUUUGCCGAUGCUGCUACUGCCAAACGCGCCUACCUGCACACUCUCAUGUCACCACCACCUUCGCUCAUGAACUCGACGGGUAUCUCGGCCAAGGUGCGCCCUUACGAUGGGGACGAUGCUUCUUCGAUCAUCGCGUCAGUUCAAAACAGACCUAGAGGAAGAUCUAACGCAGGCGCUGUAGCCGAGCCAGCAUACGGAGGUUCUCCCUCUGCGAGUCCCGCGCAGGCAGUUGCCAGUCCGCGCUCCGCCAAUCGAGGUCUUCAGAGUCUCGGACAUCGUCGCGCGGGCAGUGGAAGCAAUCCUUCUAGCUUGCCACCUAAGCCCUUGGCCGCUGCCCUGUACGAUGCAGCAAACGGCGGUCCAAGUCCCGCUCACCACCUUGCCAAUGCAGUCGCAGCCGAGGAGGAAGCUCACGGCCCGGAGGCUCUUGCUAGCAUUCAAGCCGCGGGCGGAGUCCUUCCUGGCGCAUCUAUCAACCCCAACGGAAGUAAGAGCACCAGUCCUCGCGCCGCCCCUUCCAUUCCAGGAGCACCAGCCUCUCUGCCUCCAAACCCUCUCGCUGCUGCUUCUCAGGCUCGCACCUCUCCACAAACUUCCAAGUUGGGAGCGGCCGCUGACAUUGUUAGCGCAACCCCGUCUGGAAGCUCGGCUGGUCGUGUUGGCGCCUAGGCCAGGCCCAGCUCUAGACUUGUGCGUCGGACUUUACAGUCUUGCAGCACGACCUUGAAACGGCCCCAAGCAACCUUUUGUGGCAGCGCAAGUGCACAUUGCGCACCCAUCAACACUCUUUCAUUGUCAAGCUUAGAGUGGUCCGAAUCCUCAGGGGCGCGACUGAUGAAGACGAGCGCGCGGUGACCCAAUAUCUCACAGGCUUGACUUCCCCACAGAUCCUCCCAUCCCGCGCAUUCUACGCAACAUCGCCUGUCCACUUGCUUCGCUGUGACAGACCAUCCUUUUCUGUCUUGUAUCAAUACAGCCGCCAAGUUCCACAACAACAAGCAUUCAUCGAAGACGCAGAUACGCAAGAGGGCAAUACAGCAGAUUGAAUUGUCGGUCAAGGAAUUGAAGCAGACGCA